AAAAGAAAGGUGAAAGAGAGAGAAAGGGAGGGGAACAAUCUCAAGAGGGUCUUCGAUACAGCGCACGAAUGGCACUGUAUCUUCUAUAUGAAUCGGCGUCAGGCUACGCUCUGUUGGAAGCUCAUGGCCUUGACGAAAUCGGCCAGAAUACGGAGGCCGUUCGGAACUCAGUCGCCGAUCUCAACCGCUUCGGUAAAGUCGUCAAGCUCGCUGCCUUCACCCCUUUCGAGUCCGCUCUCGACGCUCUCAAUCAAUGUAACGCCAUAACUGAAGGACAGAUGACUGAUGAAUUAAGGAACUUUUUGGAGCGCUCUCUCCCAAAAGUUAAGGAAGGAAAGAAGCCGAAGUUCAGUUUAGGAGUUGCAGAGCCUAAGAUUGGAUCGCAUAUCUUUGAAGCGACCAAGAUCCCAUGUCAAAGUAAUGAGUUUGUUCUUGAGCUUCUUCGAGGUGUGAGGUUGCAUUUUGAUAAGUUCAUUGAGAACUUGAAGGAUGGUGACUUGGAGAAAGCUCAACUUGGCCUGGGACAUAGUUACAGCAGGGCAAAGGUCAAGUUCAAUGUUAAUCGUGUUGACAAUAUGGUUAUUCAGGCAAUCUUCCUUCUUGAUACUCUUGAUAAGGAUAUCAAUUCCUUCUCCAUGAGAGUCAGAGAAUGGUACUCUUGGCAUUUCCCUGAACUAGUAAAGAUUGUCAAUGACAACUAUCUUUAUGCUAAAGUAUCAAAAUUUAUUGAAAACAAAUCAGAAUUGUCUGAAGACAAAUUACCAGGCUUGAUUGACACAGUAGGAGAUGAAGAUAAGGCAAAGGAAAUUGUAGAAGCCGCCAAAGCAUCCAUGGGACAGGACUUGUCUCCGGUUGACUUGAUCAAUGUCAAACAAUUCGCCCAGAGGGUAAUGGACCUUUCAGAGUACAGGAAGAAGCUCUAUGAUUAUCUGGUCACCAAAAUGAAUGAUAUUGCACCCAAUUUAGCAGCACUAAUUGGUGAAGUUGUUGGAGCUCGUUUGAUUUCCCAUGCCGGUAGCCUCACAAAUUUGGCAAAGUGCCCUUCUUCUACCCUUCAAAUCCUUGGCGCAGAGAAGGCACUUUUCAGAGCAUUGAAAACCCGAGGGAACACCCCAAAGUACGGCCUCAUAUUCCAUUCCUCCUUUAUUGGCCGUGCUUCUGCUCGAAACAAAGGUCGAAUGGCUCGCUAUCUUGCAAACAAGUGCUCAAUUGCAUCUCGCAUUGACUGUUUCUUGGAGAAGAAUACCACAGCUUAUGGAGAGAAACUCCGCGAACAGGUCGAGGAACGGCUAGAUUUUUAUGACAAGGGGGUCGCACCUCGUAAAAAUUUGGAUGUGAUGAAGGCUGCAUUUGAGGUUGCCCAAAACAAUGGUACAGACAUGGACGUGGAGAAGGCACCCGCUGAGACGCCAGUGAAGAAAAGCAAGAAAAAGAAGUCAAAAGCAGAGGCUACAGAAAAUGGUGAUCCUAUGGAUGAGCCAGUUGCUGAUAUGAAUGGGGAUGCUAACGACGAACCUAAAAGUGGGAAGAAGAAGAAGAAGGAGAAACAAAAAUUAGAACAGGAGCCAGAUGCUGAACAAGAUGAGGCUGCAGAGGAUGGGAUGACUGAAAAGAAGAAAAGAAAGAGCAAGGACAAAGGCCUACAGGAUGUUCCAGCUGCUGCUAGCGAAGGUAAGAAGAAAAAGAAGAAGUCCAGAACAGGAGAUGGAGAGUAAAUUUUGUGAUGAGGUUAAGUUCAGCUUUUCUGCUUGUUUGUUGCCAACCUAAAGAUUAUGAUCAGUGCAUGUGGUUUAGUAGAAUUGGCUACUUUGCUUCCCAUCUUUGUAUCUCAUGGUGUUUGGCUUUGGCCUUGCAAGAUGGGUGUGGCAGUGGUAUGACCAUGUAGAUGGAGAAUUGAUACUAUAUUCUAUCUGCUUAAGAAUUUCCUAUUAAAUUGUCUGUUUUGUAACAUCUUUUGUUAAAAACUUUUUCCGAUCCAUCCUCUCACCCCAACCCAAUGAGAAGACUCUUUUCGGUCUUUUGUUUA